AUGGCAGAGCCGGAGGAGGAUGAGGAGGACAAUGCGGCAGCUUUGGAGCAGCUAAUGGUGCAGGCAGGCCGGGCACUGCAGUGGCAGGAGCUGGAGGAGCAGUUCUGCGUGCUGGGCGAGCUGGGCAGCGGAACCUAUGGCCAUGUGGUGCUCACUGAGCCCCGGGAUGGUGGCUCGCCAGUGGUCCUCAAGCUGAUGCUGAAGGAACGGACAGAACGAAGGGCUUUCCUGCGGGAGUAUUGCAUAGCCCGGUGCCUUUCUGGUCACGCUGCCUGCAUCCAUGCCCUCCCCCUUGCCUUUGAGAACUCCACGCAUUUUGCCUUUGGGCAGGAGCUGGCUCCCGCUGGGGACUUGUGCAACCUUCUCACACCAGGGGAGGGCCUGCCUGAGGUGCUGGUAAAGCGCUGUGCCUCUCAGCUGGCCGAGGCACUGGAUUUCAUGCACAGCCGGGCCCUGGUGCACCGGGAUGUCAAGCUGGACAACGUGCUGCUCUUCGACCACGAGUGCCACCGUGUGAAGCUGGCUGACUUUGGGCUCACCCGCCUGCAGGGUUCGGAAAUUGGUGCCAUGUCUGGCGCGCUGCCCUACGCUCCGCCGGAGCUCUGCUUGCUGCAGGGCUCUGACACACUGGAGCUGGACUCCAGCCUGGAUGUUUGGGCUUUCGCUGUGCUGCUCUUCUGCCUCUGCACUGGCUGCUUCCCUUGGGCUGUAGCUGCCAGCCCUGACCCCCAGUUUGAAGCCUUCAGCGCAUGGCAGGGUGACACGGUGGGACGGGAGGCACCAAAGUCUUGGGGUGGCUUUGAGUGUGGGGCACAGGAGAUGCUGCAGCGCCUGCUGCGGCUCGACCCUGACCGCCGCAGCCCAGCCAUCGAGGUGCACAAGUACCUGGCCGUGCCCUGGCUGACAGCACCCAGCAGCAGGGAUAGGACUGAUGGCGCUGAUGGGCCGGGGGCGGUGGAUGGUGAUGGACGUGGAGGGGGGGAUGGUGAUUCACACGGAGUGGUGGAUGGUGGCCCUCAGUCACCCCUUGCUAGGGGUUCAGGGGAUGAUGGGGAGUGCGGUGACAGCAGUUAUGGGGAGGGGAACAGCGUGCCCACAACACCCGCCAGCGCCAUGGCCCUGUGCCACUAGCUGGCAUUUCCAACAUGGCAUGGAGGUGUCCUUGGGGUGUGGGUCUUCUUCUUCUUCUUGGAAUGCAGCACAGAAUGGAAGUGGAGCUGGAUCCAAAUGCACGUGGAGAAGAUCCAAAGGAGGCCACAAGGAUGCCCGGAGGG